AUGCAGGGAAGAAUGGCAGGUCUACAGAGCGGCUGCAGGGUUACGGGGAAACACUGCGCUGGGAGUUGAUCUCCCCCCCUGGGAAAGCGGUCGGAGAAGUGACCCAGCCUGUCGACCUGCCCUGGGGCCCAGGGUGGGGACAGAAUGAGAUGGGCGGGGGCGCGGGGGAGAGGUGCGGGUGGGCGGCAGAGGUCCGCGUCACGAGCGAGGACCCAGGGACCUGAGAAUCCCGAGGUCGACGAGUCCGUCGGUAGAGCAGGGGGCGGGGCAGGCCGUCUGUCUGUCUGUCUGGACGCCGAGGGGCGGGAAGAAUCGCGGGGGGGCGGAGUUUUUCAGUCUGUCUGGACUUGUGUGAGAUCUGCUGGUGGGGGUUGUUCAUCUGUCGUGCAGUGCGGAAAAGAAGUAGCGGGACCUCAACCUUCAGUCCCGGGGGUACCCUCACGGACUCACCCGCCGUCUGUCGGUCUGGCUGCCGCCCUUGCCGGUACUGCCCCUUUAAAUUCAUCAUGGCUGCCGCUCGAGGUGACAAGCAGUACCCUCCUCCAGCUGCCCUCUUCCUCAUUGUUGCUCCUCUGCCGCCCAGUGCUUACAUCUGUGGCCCUUAGUGCCAAUUUUGUGUCCUGGAAGAGUCGUACCAAGUACACCAUCACACCAGUGAAGAUGAGGAAGUCUGGGGGCCGAAACCACACAGGCCGAAUCCAAGUGCAUGGUAUUGGCGGGGGCCACAAGCAACGUUAUCGCAUGAUUGAUUUUCUGCGGUUCCGGCCUGAGCUGGAAGCAAAGCCAGGACCCUUUGAGGAGAAGGUCAUCGUGGUCCGCUAUGAUCCCUGUAGAUCAGCAGACAUAGCUCUGGUUGCUGGGGGCAGCCGGAAACGCUGGAUCAUUGCCACAGAAAACAUGCAGGCUGGAGAUAUAAUCCUGAACUCUGAUCACAUAGGCCGAAUGGCAGUUGCUGCUCGGGAAGGGGAUGCACAUCCUCUUGGGGCCUUGCCUGUGGGGACUCUCGUCAACAACGUGGAGAGUGAGCCAGGCCGGGGGGCCCAGUAUAUCCGAGCUGCAGGGACAUGUGGUGUGCUGCUACGGAAGGUGAAUGGGACGGCCAUCAUCCAGCUGCCUUCCAAGAGACAGAUGCAGGUUCUGGAAACGUGCAUGGCAACAGUAGGCCGGGUAUCCAACGUUGAUCAUAACAAAAGGGUCAUCGGCAAGGCUGGGCGGAACCGCUGGCUAGGCAAGAGGCCUUCCAGCGGGCUAUGGCACCGAAAGGGAGGCUGGGCUGGCCGCAAGAUUCGGCCACUGCCCCCUAUGAAGAGUUACGUGAAGCUGCCCUCGGCUGCUGCCCAAAGCUGAGAUCCCUGGAUUCUAAUAAAAUCACCCCUCAUUUUUA